GGCCACCAGAGGCGCUAGACUGGCUGAGAUGGUGACAGCAGCGGAGAGUGUCAGGUGCGAUCAGUGUGCGGAGCGAUGAUCAGAGCUACAAGUCUGUCUGCGAUCUGCCGGUACUAGGAGCGAUCUGAUCGGGUCCACGGCAAUUCCUACAAUGUAUGAAUCUACACUUUUUCCUCCUGAGCCGACAAGCCCUGGGCCGUACUAUGGCGAGUGCUCAGAUGCCUACUACCAGGUGGACCGCUGGCAGAGACUUCGCACGGCAGUUAGGAAACUGGAAUUCUGGGAAAGUUUCAGCGCUGAAGCCAUUGGAAGUGGAUUUUUCUCCAAAGUUUAUAAAGUGACUCAUAGUGCGGGCUCCAAGGCCAUGGUGGUGAAGAUCUAUAAAAAUGAGGUGGAUGAGGAGGGGAUCGUCCGAGAGAUAUCUCUUCUGCAGAAAUUGUCUCACCCCAACAUAGUCAGGUAUCUUGGGAUAUGUGUCAAAGAUGAAAAACUCUAUCCAAUUCUGGAGUACGUGAAUGGGGGAUGCCUGGAGGAAUUACUUGCCAACAAAGACAUUUUUCUUACCUGGAAAGAAAAAGUGGACCUGUCGUGUGACAUCAGCAGGGGGAUGGUCUACCUACACUCUAAAAACAUUUACCAUCGGGACCUGAAUUCUAAGAACUGCCUUAUCCGAGUGGCUCCGCGGGGGCGGGAAGCUCUGGUGACAGAUUUUGGUCUUGCCCGGGAGGUGGUGGACCUGCCUGCAAAAAAUGGUGAAAAAAAUGGUGAAAGAAAAUUGUCUCUUGUGGGUUCUGCCUUCUGGAUGGCUCCUGAAAUGUUACGUGGAGAACCGUACGACCGCAAGGUUGACGUCUUUUCUUUUGGAAUUGUCCUCUGUGAAAUUAUUGGUCGAAUUCCAGCAGAUCCCGAGAUCCUUCCAAGAACAAAUGACUAUGGUUUGGAUGUGAUCGCUUUCCAAGCGCUAGUUAAAGACUGUCCCAAACGAGUCCUGGACUUAGCGGCCAGUUGUUGCAGGUUGGAGGCAUUUAAGAGACCGUCAUUCAGUGAGGUUUUGGAUGAACUUGAAGACAUUUCAGAGACAUUCGAAUCCCAGACAGAGAUGCAGAAUUUAUCAUGUUGAAGAUCUACAUAUGAAUUUGCCUUCAUGUAAAUAACUGUACAGAUGGACUGCAGAUCCCAGGGAGAGAUCUGGACUUUUGCUUUUGUAUUUAUUUCAUGCUUCUUUCUGGACAUUAAAGCUUACAGGAGAUUCUUCCACUCUAAAUGGAACAUUCAAUGGAUGAACCCUCACCAAGUGAGAUUGCCACUUGAUGACAAUAAAGUGUACAGGAGAUUCUUCCAGUUUAAAUGGAACAUUCAAUGAUCGAAGCCUCACCAAGUGAGAUUAGCACUUGGUGGCCUCCAGUUUGGACCAUUGUCUUCUCUCAAAUAAUAUUGGAGUAGGAUUUUUCCAUUUAGGAUCAUUUUAUACCUGUUUAUUUUCAAAAAAUUAAGUUGGCUGCAUUUUCUGGAAAACGCCUUUCAUUGUGAUGAAUGGUAAAUGGAAAAACACAUGCAAGAUGCACAACUAAAAUGAGUGAGGGUAUGGUCAUUGUGUGCUGCUUUAACUGAAUGGUGACGGAACAAGAAGUGUCUCUCAAGGCAUGGUCUUGAAUGUAGACUACACCAUGUACACAUACAUUCCUGUUUUUUUGGUGCAGUCUGCUUUCAAGUCUGAAGUGUAGAAAUGUAUGUAGUUAUUGGUGUGCUCACGGCACUAUGGAAAUACCAGAGGGACUACACCAAAGUUUUUAAAGGAAACCUGUCGUUACUCUUCAGUAGGUCAACUGCCAGCUCAACGUUGUUUUACCUCUUUCUACUUUCCCGUGUAGAGAACCUAUGGAGCUCCAAUCCUGUGAUAAAUUCUAUUCUAAUGACAGCCUCUACCUCUGCACCAGGGGUGUGCCUUAUCUACAAGACAGGGUGCACUCUACUCUCAGCCAGCCUUUCUGAAUCUUUUUAUCCCACAGGACACCUUGAAAUAAUUUUCAGGUCUCAAUUUUUAUUGUUGGUCAGCAAAAAAAUAAAUAAAAAAAUGUUCCUUA